AUCUUGAUAAAGAUGCAGCACCAUACUUCAAGAAAGCAGUCAAGUUUUAUGAAGGUCUCGCUAAACAGCUGGUUAGCCAGGGUCAUGUGUUAGACAUGUUUGCAUCAGCACUUGAUCAGGUUGGAGUUGCAGAAAUUAAAGUUGCGGUUGAACGAACUGGUGGUCUUGUUGUCCUGGCUGAAAGUUUUGGUCAUUCAGUCUUCAAGGACUCUUUUAAACGAGUUUUUGAGGAUGGGGAACAAUCUCUUGGUCUUUGUUUCAAUGGAACCCUGGAGAUAAAUUGCUCCAAGGAAAUCAAAAUUCAGGGGGUGAUCGGGCCUUGCACUUCCUUGGAAAAGAAAGGGCCUUCUGUUGCUGAUACUGUUAUAGGUGAGGGAAACACAACAGCAUGGAAGAUGUGUGGCCUUGACAAGAGCACAUGCUUGACUGUGAUCUUCUCUGACAUGUCCAAGGUUUAUGUCUUCCGCGGCUCCAAGGAGAUUCCCGCCGAUCAGGUUCUCGAUCAGCUAGGCCUUUCUACUCCCGGGAGAAGACCUCACAAGACCUCCCCUGGGGUCGCCGGCGCCGGUGCCGGGGGAUUACCAAGUUCCGGCAUCACACGCUUCUUGCUGCCUGCUUCUGAGUGUGAAUAUACUCUCAAUGCGCUGUUAGAUGAAUUACAGACUGAUCAGUGGCCGGUUCCGCCUGGGCGCCGCCCUGCGCGCUGCACUGGGGUUGCUUUGAAUGUUGCUGCGGGGUUGCUGAGUGCUUGUACUCCUGGGACUGGCGCUAGAAUCAUAGCUUUGGUUGGGGGGCCGUGCACGGAAGGACCUGGGGCGAUUGUUUCAAAAGAUCUGUCUGACCCAGUGCGCUCUCAUAAAGAUCUUGAUAAAGAUGCAGCACCAUACUUCAAGAAAGCAGUCAAGUUUUAUGAAGGUCUCGCUAAACAGCUGGUUAGCCAGGGUCAUGUGUUAGACAUGUUUGCAUCAGCACUUGAUCAGGUUGGAGUUGCAGAAAUUAAAGUUGCGGUUGAACGAACUGGUGGUCUUGUUGUCCUGGCUGAAAGUUUUGGUCAUUCAGUCUUCAAGGACUCUUUUAAACGAGUUUUUGAGGAUGGGGAACAAUCUCUUGGUCUUUGUUUCAAUGGAACCCUGGAGAUAAAUUGCUCCAAGGAAAUCAAAAUUCAGGGGGUGAUCGGGCCUUGCACUUCCUUGGAAAAGAAAGGGCCUUCUGUUGCUGAUACUGUUAUAGGUGAGGGAAACACAACAGCAUGGAAGAUGUGUGGCCUUGACAAGAGCACAUGCUUGACUGUGAUGUUUGAUCUUUCAUCAAGUGAGCGGACAAACACCCCAGGUGCUGUCAACCCACAAUUGUACCUACAGUUUCUUACAAGCUACCAGGACCCAAGUGGUCAAUCAGUGCUUCGUGUCACGACAGUAACUAGAAGAUGGGUAGAUAGUACUGUUAGCUCUGAGGAAUUGGUUCAAGGAUUUGACCAAGAAACUGCAGCAGUUGUAAUGGCUAGAUUUGCUUCUCUAAAAAUGGAGAGUGAGGAAACAUUUGAUGCUACACGGUGGUUGGAUCGGUUUCUCAUUCGCCUCUGUUCUAAAUUUGGUGACUAUCGCAAGGAUGAUCCAUCAUCUUUUACAUUAAACCCAUCAUUUUCACUUUUUCCUCAGUUUAUGUUCAAUCUGCGCCGCUCACAGUUUGUACAGGUCUUUAACAACAGUCCAGACGAGACUGCAUAUUUUCGCAUGUUGUUAAACAGGGAAAAUAUUAGUAAUGCUGCUGUUAUGAUUCAGCCAUCACUGAUAGCGUAUUCAUUUAAUUCACUCCCCGCACCAGCAUUUUUAGAUGUGGCUUCCAUUGCUGCAGACCGGAUUUUGUUGCUAGAUUCAUAUUUUAGUGUGGUUAUUUUUCAUGGGAUGACAAUAGCUCAAUGGCGCAACUUGGGAUACCAGAACCAGCCAGAACACCAGGCAUUUGCACAGCUAUUACGUGCUCCGCAUGAUGAUUCCCAAAUGAUAAUUAGAGAACGGUUCCCAGUUCCUAGAUUGGUUGUGUGUGACCAACACGGUUCCCAGGCUAGAUUUUUAUUAGCAAAACUGAAUCCCUCAGCAACGUAUAAUAAUGCACAUGAGAUGUCCGCUGGUUCAGAUGUAAUCUUUACUGAUGAUGUGAGCCUUCAAGUUUUCUUUGAGCAUCUGCAAAGGUUGGCUGUCCAAUCUUGAAAACAGAUAAUAGUAGAGAUUGAGAUUUUAUGGGUUCUGUCUGGACUUUGGUUUGGGGAAUUCACCAAUCAUGUUUGUGUCCUGCGUUGUGCUGUUGCAUUCAAUACUUUUCCUUUCUUCCCUUUGUUCUUAAAAAGGAGAAGGUCGGAGCCUACAUGAAUUGAAGAAUAAGGAAGACCUGAAACAUGAUUCUUUAAGGUUCUGGUCGAUUUUUCUUUUUGUGGAGAAAAUAAAGGGUUGGAAAGUAUGUAAGUUUGGGUAUUGUGCGGAAAGAAAAGAUAGAUAAUGGAGUUAGGAGACCAUCUAUGCGACAGCAGCUUAGCAAAUGAGGGAUAUAUUUUUGACUCAGUUUUUUCUGUUUGUUUUGGCCCAGAUCUGAAUUUUUGGGUUCCUCAGCUGGAUUAAUUUAUAUAGUUCUUUUACUUUUAUAUGUUCCCCAGGUAGCAAAGUAACGAAAGUCAUUUUUCUGAUGUUGAGUUUGAUAUCAUUCUCUUGAUACUGUUUUGUAUUGUAUAUUGUGAAGUAAGCUUAUAGGACCCCAUCUCUG